CACGAGGUCAGGAUGGCCGGUUAUGAAGAGGAGCACGACGGGAAGUGCAUUACCGGUAAGCUGUCGUCAAGCUCCCCUUGACUUUCCGAAAGCCCAUAUUAACACCCCAUGCUUCAGUCUUCUCGGCGCCAAAGUACUGCGACAUGACGGAGAACAGGGGCGCGUACAUCAAUAUCGGGCCUGACUAUAAGCUCAAGUUCACUCAGUUCGAUGCUGUUCCCCACCCCAACAUUCGGCCUAUGGUGAGAAUCCCCAGAGACGCAGGCGUCGCAGCGUGUAAAGCUAACGCUUUCCUAGGCAUACGCUCAUAACUCAUUGAUGUCCUCCCUGAUGUAGCCCAAGCUGUUAGAAUGUAGGAGGCUUGAGAUCAGGCGAGACCGUGUUGAAGCAUCUAAGCGAGGUUUUGCAUACUCGAG